CUUCAUUGCGAUACGCAUUAGCCGUUGUGUUGUUGUGGUGGAUAGGUGACGUAAUUCAUUGUUUUUCUUUCUCAACAUUUAGAACUAAUCUAAAUUAAAGAUAAAAGGCAGAGUAACAACAUCGCAGUUCUACUCGUUAAUCAGUGGAUGCUGCAUUCGGCCGUAUGAUCAGUUCAGUUUGGUACAUAACCAAAAAUACAUGUAACAAUCAAAUCGUAACUUCUCGAAAUACGUAUGUUACAUGCUACCGUGGUGCAGUUGUGUAACCGUGUUUAUCAGUAAAAGUGAUUACAUUGUUACGUCAAAUCGUUCAAAUCGUACAAACUUUUGUUCAUAGUUUUGAACUCUUUUUUUUUCAAUUGAGAACGUAACAAGGUGAAAACAACGAGGCGCAAGAUUUCGAGACGAGGGGCAGUUCGGCGGCAUAAGAGACCGUCGUGACGAAUGCAAGUGUCGAAUAAACGAAAGGAGUUGAACACCGAAGAAAGAGAAAAGGAAUAGAAGAAGACGCGCCGAGUCGUCUGGACUGCGAUACAUUGUCGAGCAGAGUGAUUUUGAUAUCUAGCAUUGAAGGACUGAUCUCGCUGCUUUUAUCCCCGGCAUUGCGGCGGUAUGAAAUAACAAGAGGCUUGAUUUGAUCUACAAAAUCGACAACGACAGUAGAGGCGGCGACAGCCUGAUUUCAUAGCGUCCGUACUCAGUCCUCAGUGUAGGCUAGUCGGGCGCUCGGUAGUCGUUGUCUCGACGAUUUCUCAACGCUCGUUUCUCCUAAUAAAUCUUUCUUUUUUCGAUACAUUUCGUUGCUCGAAAGAUUCCUUGAACGUCGGUAUAAUUUUCGGAUAGUUGAUCAGCCAGAAGAUUUAAGUACGUGGGGCGUUUGUGAGAGAGGUUAUCUUGAAAUAAACAAAACAGAAAGGAUAGAAAUUCCUUGCGUUUUAUUCUUUCGGUUCACUGCGUAGACUCUGGUAAAGAUUGUAAAAUCAAUAAGGAAGAUCAACGAGGAAACCAAAGGGUCAAAAAAGUUAAGAGAAAGAUCCGGAAGGUUUUGACAAGCAAAAGGUUGUUGGAUACACAAAGCACAAACAUGGCGGCGGACAUGUGCAUGCAGCAGAAUUGCACCGAUUCCACUGGAUUUCUAUAUGACAUGAUUAUAGAGAUGUGGUCGCCAUGGGACGCGGUGGAACAUUUAGAGUACACACCAUGGUUAUUCUCUUUGCUUGGAAGUACCGUGAUCGGACUGACCGGUAUUUUUCCGCUAUUGAUCGUCCCCAUCCAAGAAGGUGCCGAUCUGAAAACUGGAGAUAGCGCAGGUAUGCUGAAAAUGUUGUUGAGCUUCGCAGUCGGCGGUCUCCUGGGCGAUGUCUUCUUGCAUCUGCUACCUGAAGCAUGGGCAAACGACUCUUUGAACAAAAAAACGGAUGCUGGACAUCCGUCGAUGACCUCCGGUCUAUGGGUGCUAGGAGGUUUCUUGGUAUUCGUCGUAGCGGAGAAACUGUUCGCUUUCGAGCAGGAGACUGAGAUCGAGGAUACGUCUAUAAAUAAUGCGAAACUUUGCGAGAAAGCAAACGUCGAAGUUGAGAAGGAAAUGGAGAACAAUAAUUGCAUCAAUUUGAUCGGCAGUAAUCCGAAGAAUGGUUUCUCGAAGCGGCUUCCCAACGAUUUUUCGAAAGUCAUUAACGAGUUGCAGCCAUUCUUAGAGAAAAAGAACGGAUACUCCCAAUUGCCAAAUGGUUUCAAAGAUGUACACAAGAAUGGCUUCGUUACCAAUGGCAUCGAGCCAGUAUUAAUAUGCACCGAGUUGUCCAGUACUCUGAAAAGUUUACCGUUAGACGAAGCGAACGAUUAUUUGAAGAAAUUUUCAAGAAACACCAACGGUUUCGUGACUGAAUUGUCGAAUGGUUGUUCCAAAAAGGACAACCCAGACAAAGCUUCUGACGACCAACAGACUGUUGCAAAAGAAAAGCCUAAGCAUAUAAGUGGCUAUCUUAAUCUAAUAGCCAAUGUCAUAGACAACUUUACUCAUGGAUUAGCUGUGGGUGGUUCUUUCCUCGUGUCCUUCCGUCUGGGUGUUCUUACUACAUUCGCUAUUCUCAUACACGAGAUUCCACACGAGGUCGGAGAUUUUGCGAUAUUAUUACGCAGCGGAUUCAACAGAUGGGACGCUGCGCGGGCGCAGCUUUUCACUGCUAGCGGUGGCAUUUUUGGAGCCAUGUUUGCCGUACUUUUCUCCGGUGGUGAAAUAGGGGAAAAAACGAAUUGGAUAUUACCCUUUACUGCGGGCGGUUUCCUUCACAUCGGCAUGGUGACCAUUCUACCUGAAUUGCUUAAAGAAACUAGCCCUAAAGAAUCAUUAAAACAAAUAGUUGCUUUGCUCUUUGGUAUUACCCUGAUGGCAGUUUUAACGAUUCUUUGUGAUUAAUAGAGUUGCUUCGUUUUGUAAUAGCAUUAGAUUUCAUUUGUUGGUAUACAUCGAGACACGUGUCGAGUGAAAUUUUUGUUUUCAUCCUAAUAUUAAUCAUGCCAGAAUAAAUAAUUCGAGUUUGCCAUAAGAAAUUCUACAGUGUAAUACUUGUUGCUCAAUGGAAUGAUCCAGGCCGGAAGACAGCGGAGACGAGGAACGGCGAUUAACGACUGACCAAAUUUCUGUAGAAAUGAUGCAACUUUUGUACUGAUCUUAAUUUGAUAUAGGAUACAUUUAAAAUACGUUCACAUUUGAGUAAUACGAUAAAAUAAUAUCGAUCUCCUUUUACGAUAGUUAAUAUUCUUCUAGUAGUGAGAAACGAAAAAAAGAAAUAUUUGUGUAAGUUACUUUUAUAUUUUUCGAUCGUUUAUCGGGGAUCGUAUUAUUGGUAAUUUGGUAUUAUCGAUGUAUAUUGUUAUAAAUCUGGCAUAGUUUAUACAUAAAUACACAUGUUCCUCUAUAAACUAUCGAAAAUGUGUUGCAUGAAACGUCAUUCCGUUUCUACGAUAUCGACUUACUUUACACUUAAUCUUCGUUAUCUGUUUAUCUAGACACUAUAUCGUGAAACCAGUAUUGACGUGUGACUUUUACGUUAUAAAAACGUUAUCAUGUACAUAAUGUUUAUGCUUCCUUGUUUACUGUUAAAAAAAAUUGAAAUUCAAAAAAAAAGUUUGUAAAUCACGUACAGAAAAAUACAUAUAUUUUAUGGAUACAUGCAUUGGUUUAAUCGAUGCAUGCAUUCCAACUGAUGUAUAUUUUAAGUUCCUAUAAUUAAAUGUAAAUAAUGUAUCGAACUCUUAACCAUAUUAUUAACAACAAAUAUGAAAAUAACAAAUAACAUAUUCCUAAAGAUGAACGUGAACAAGUUUGUAUAUCAGAUCACAGCAGAAGUAAUAUACAAAAAGUACAUAAAAUCGGUAUAUAGAUAUAGGAUCAUUGCAUUUAAUAAAAUUUUAAAGUUUAUGUGAACUCGACUAUUUUAAAGAAGUUACAAAGUAAGAUGAGUUACUGAACCGGAGAAGAUUCCAUCUAUUCUCCAUAGUCUCCUGUAUUAAAGGUGCAAGUUUUAUAAACCAAACAAAACAAUCCUUGUACUUAAAGGAUUAUUCUUUGACAACAAAACUGUUGAUGCAUGAGCGUCUUUUUUAAGCACAUGUAAAUAGAAAUUUGGAAUUUACAAAGUUGUAUUAAUCAGCGAUUUGGCAAAUAUAUUUUCUAUAAACUAUGACUUCAUGAGAAAAUUGUUCAUAUGUAAUCAUUAUUACUUGUAAAUAAAGUAUUUUAUUCUAUAA